AUGCCACCUCCGACCACCACUAGAUAUUGUGGCAUGCCACCCCCGACCACCACUAGAGACCGUGACAUGCCACCCCCGACCACCACUAGAGACCGUGACACGCCACCCACAACCACCACUAAAGAUUGUGACAUGCCACCCCCGACCACCACUAGAGACCGUGACACGCCACCCCCAACCACCACUAGAGAUUGUGACAUGCCACCCCCGACCACCACUAGACGUGACACGCCACCCCCAACCACCACUAGAGAUUGUGACAUGCCACCCCCAACCACCACUAGAGAUUGUGACAUGCCACCCCCAACCACCACUAGAGAUUGUGACAUGCCACCCCCGACCACCACUAGAGAUCGUGCCAUAGGGGCCUGUCCGAAGUUCAGCCAGCGAAUCUUUUGA